AUGGUUUUUGAAUCCCGUACCUCCAAUGAACUCUACAAGAUCCCAAAGUUCUUUGAUGCGAACGUCCAAUAUGCUGAUGUUUAUGCUACGCUCGAGAAGCACCAAGAAACUACCCCUCUGACAACAUCGCUUUUCUAUGUCGAGGCCACGGACAACUGGGGCUCAAUGCCAGAUUAUACAGCCGAGGAGACAGGAAUUGUCCUAGAUGGAAUCCUCUCCAUUGAGGACGAAACCGGAAGGAAGGUUGUUCUGACAAAGGGAGACACAUGGUUUGUCCACCGUGGCUCCAGAAUCCUUUACAGGACAGACACUUUUGCUGUAGCGUUCAAGGCCGCAUCCCGACAUCUGCUCUUCCCUGAUGAGAAGGCAAAGGAGGCGCGCAAGGCUUUAUGCUCGAAGUAG